GUCGCGCGGGCCGGCGCGACCAGGUGGCGGGGCGGGGGGCGGGGGGGAGCCGCUCGCGUGCGCGCUCCCGCCUCCAGGGCCGCGCCGGGGCCUGAGGCGGGAGCCGGUCCGCGCGCCAAGGAGCCGCCGAGUCCGGGCCCCGCGCGGCCCCCGCAGGUCGCGCCGGCCCAGGGACACGGACGGGAGGCGGCGCGCGCCGGCCACACCCGCGCGGCGGGCAGCGCUCGGGGGCUGUCACCGCGCCUCCAUCUUGGAAGGGACGCGGCGCCCGGCCGCGCGCAGGCAUGGCCUUCAGCCCCUGGCAGAUCCUGUCCCCCGUGCAGUGGGCCCGCUGGACAUGGUCGGCCGUGCGCGGCGGGGGCGCCGCGGGGGACGACAGCCGCGGGCCCGAGGGCGAGCCCGAGGAGGAGGACUCGCAAGCCGAGACCAAGUCCUUGAGUUUCAGCUCGGAUUCUGAAGGUAAUUUUGAGACUCCUGAAGUGGAAACUCCCAUCAGGUCACCUCCCGAGGAGCCCUGUAAUCCAGCCUCGGGAUUGACAGCACCUGGGGCCAGAACCCAAGAAUCCCAAGAAGCCGAUGAACAGCUUGUAGCACAAGUGGUUGAAAAAUGUUCGUCCGGAGAUUGUUCUGGGCUCUCAGAAAAUGAGGUAUCACAGCAGGCUGUCAGGUCUUGCUCAGUCAAGGGUUUUAAAGAAGAGCCUGAACCAGGAGUCAACAAGAUUUCCAUAGUGAGGCCAUUUUCAAUAGCAACCAAGAAUCCUGUGACUGCCCCACCAGCCCUUGGAGCAAAUACAUCUUAUGGCUGUGAAAGCUCAGACUCAGGAGAAGUGUUGCCCUCCGGUCCGCAGGAAACUGUCCAAGACAAGGCAAUGACAGAAGACAGCAUGGGGGUCAUGCUGGACGCGUCUGCGGAAGCUGACCUGAAGGCUGACAGCAGCUUGGAACCUGCGACCUGCAGGAGUAAGCUCAGAAAACCCAAACCUGUCUCCCUGAGGAAGAAAGCCUUUGCUUGUGAGUUGCCAGCAUCGGAUGCUCCUCUGGCCUCCUGUCAGUUCAGUGCAGAAGUGGAUGGGAGCGUAAAGCCUUUGCCGGAAGGUUCCAGGCUCCAGAAAUCGCCCGCCGACUUGCAGGAGACAUUUAAGGCUCCCUGUAGCAACGCCAAUGAUUCGGGGGUGGGGCUGCUGGAGGAAUCAAGGGGUCCACCCCUCAAACUUGAGUUUGAUUUCACAGAAGACGGGGAAGCUGUCGAGUCCAGAAAAGCCCUUCCGAGGAAACUUGGCAGGAAGCUGGGUAGCAAGCAGCCCCCCAGGGUCCAGAAAGAUGGCACCAGAGGUGCAGAGCAGCCUCCUGCCCCGGCCUCAGAAGACCCCCCUCUCUCCCCAGCACCUUCCAAGCCAGAUUCCAGCCAGUGGGACCAUGCCUUCAGCGGGACCUCAGCAGGACAGUCUGCGCUGCAGAACUCCCCUCCCCUCUCCUCCAAAGGAUCCUACCACUUUGACCCAGACAACUUUGAGUCCGUGGAUCCCUUUAAACCAGCCACAGCUUUUCCCAGCAAUGACUUUUGUUCUCCUGCCGCUAAUCAUGUUAAUGAAAUCUUAGAGUCUCCCAAGAAGGCCAAGUCGCGGUUAAUAACGACUACUGAACAAGUGAAAUUUCUCUGUUUUCUGUUGAGUGGCUGUAAGGUGAAGAAGUAUGAAACUCAGGCUCUUGCUUUGGAUGAAUGCUCUCAGGAUGAAGGUGGCUCAGUCUUCCAGACUUCAGACAUUUCUAAUAGAGAUGGCCACGCAACUGAUGAGGAGAAACUGGUGUCCACUUCUUUUGGUCAGAAAUCAGCCGGGCCCGAGGUGAAAGGUGCAGAGAAAGAGGCCAGCCUGACGACAGGAAAGGAUGGCCCGGCCUUGCCUGGACUGCCUGAUUCCCCGGAGAAGGCCCCUGUGUCCGUGGCCUGUGGAGGGGAGAGCCCCUUGGAUGGCAUCUGCCUCAGCGAGUCAGAUAAGACCGCCGUGCUCACGCUGAUAAGAGAGGAGAUAAUCACUAAGGAGAUAGAAGCAAAUGAAUGGAAGAAAAAAUACGAAGAAACCCGCCAGGAGGUCUUGGAGAUGAGGAAAAUUGUCGCUGAAUAUGAAAAGACCAUUGCCCAAAUGAUUGAAGAUGAGCAGAGGACAAAUAUGACCUCCCAGAAGAGCUUCCAGCAGCUGACCAUGGAGAAGGAGCAGGCCCUGGCUGACCUGAACUCCGUGGAAAGGUCACUUUCUGACCUCUUCAGGCGAUAUGAGAACCUGAAAGGCGUUCUGGAGGGCUUCAAGAAGAAUGAAGAAGCCUUGAAAAAAUGCGCUCAGGAUUACUUAGCCAGAGUUAAGCAGGAGGAGCAGCGGUACCAGGCCCUGAAAAUCCACGCAGAAGAGAAACUUGACAAAGCCAAUGAAGAGAUUGCGCAGGUUCGAACCAAAGCGAAGGCCGAGAGUGCAGCGCUUCACGCUGGGCUGCGGAGAGAGCAGAUGAAGGUGGAAUCGCUGGAGAGGGCCCUGCAGCAGAAGAACCAAGAAAUUGAAGAAUUGACGAAGAUCUGUGAUGAGCUGAUUGCAAAGCUGGGAAAGACAGACUGAGUCUCCCCAUUGGCUUGGCAGGUCUGCGUUUGGCUGCUUCUCAUGACCACAGUUAUCUUGCCUUAUUCAGGAAUAAUUGCCCCUUUGCAGAACAAAAAAGCAAACCCACACGGGGAGGGGGGGGAAAGCACAUGGCUACUGCUGCCUGUCCUGCUUUGCGACCAGCGACACAGCCUGGGAAGGGGCGGCAGUAUGUAAGAUCACUCAAGGAGGGCAGCCUGGCCACGCACCUCCUUCCCCUCCACGGCCCAGCUCAGCUGCUGCUGAGAUGCAGUUCCUGGUUUCUCUGGCUUCAAUUUGUUUCAAGGUCACCUUUACAUUUUGGACUGUGUUACUUUUGUGAUUUUCGUCAGUACUGUUUAGGAUUAUCUCUGACUUCUUAGUGACCUGUUUAUUUCAUCUUUCAGUUUACUUAUUUAGUUUUGGAGUUUGGGACCACACCUGGUGGCACUUGGGGCUCCCGGUGGCCCUGUGCUCGGGUCACUGCCAGAGAUGCUCAGCGGGGGUCAUGUGGUCCUGGGGCAUCAAAGCCAGCCUCCUGCAUGCGGAGCCUGUGCCCCACCCUUUUAGCAUCUCUCUGACUCUCCCAUUUCAUCCCUUAAAUGUAACUUUCCACAGUAAUGACUUAAUUUGAGAUCAUUUGACUUCUUGGUACUUCCAGUUUAUGAACAAGAGAGAACUCUCCCCGUACCCAUUUGCACACAUGCACCUCUGCUGUGCUGCAGAUUUUCCCGAGGCAUAAUCAGAUAAGAACUUCUUUACAGAAGAGCAUAGUUCUGUAAAUUUAGUAGGAUCCUGUUUCAGAAUUGAAGGGGAGGGAUUGACAGUGAUUGAGGAGACCCUAGGUUUGUGUCGCAUUACUGGAACCGCAGGCUCAGGUCUUAACACCUAGGGAAGGUUUUCUUGCUUUUUCAUGUUGCCCUGUUUGGAAACUUCUCAACCUUGGGAGUGUAGCUACACUGGGGUUCAUUCCCCAGGUCAUGUCCGCUUUUCACACUAGCCCACCAGACUCCCUCAAGAGUUUGGGUUUGUCAAGUCUUUCCUGCAGACAGGGGUCUCCUCUGUCUCCACUGGUUGUGACAGAACCAACAUUUACUCUUUAUUAACCUCCUAAUUUAAAUAUGCAAAGAAAAUAUACUUGUCAAAGGUAUAGAUGAUCUUAUUUCCAAGGUCAUUUAACUUUCAGAGCAAUUAUAAGGUGAAGGAGCAGUUGGUAUUUUAUUUGUAUGAUGCAUUUUUAUUCAGAUGUUUCUUCGUAAAGGCGAAAAACCUCUCAAAUUUAAGAUAAUAGAAUUUUUGGCAAAAUGGGCAGUAAAAGUCACGUGGGCCGCUCCAAAACAGUGCAGUGUGCAUACUCUCGAAGACCACGUGAGGCCCGCGGGAGGGUGUGUCCUCAGAGCUGCACUCCUUACCCUCGAGCUGGAUGUGGGUCAGAGUGCUGGUGUACAUGAAGACAGGACAGAGAUUUUCUGUGUGAUUCCAGUGACUUUCUUUCCAUUUGAUAGGUACAGCCAAAUUCAUGCAGAUGUUUUUAAUCACUCUUUUGUCUUAAUCUACACCCUGAAAGUCUUCAUGGUGACAUGCACUAUGUGUAGUACACAGAAGCUUUCGUCUUUUCCUGUAAAACUAUUGCAUGAUCCAACUUCAGCAAUGAAUUGUGCCUAGUAGAGAACCUUAUAGAUCUUUAAAAAUGAAGUUUUUUUUUUUUAACAGUGUACUAUUCACGUGGGUGCAAUCUUUAGCCUAGGGAGAUCAAUAAUGUCUCUUAAAGCCAGAAAUUGCAUUUUGCCGGUAUGUAUUUCUCAUAAUUGGUGCUUAGGCUCUAUUUUAUAAAAGCCUUUUGUCUUAACAUUUUGUACAAAAAGAGAAGGGUAGAAACGAUCUAUAAUUGGAGGAGUGGCUGGACAAUCAUUUGGGCUUUGAGAGCAGCUGCUGUACUAAAGUGAGAGCUGUGCGGGGGCAGGGGGGGGGGGGAGGGGGGUCGAGGAGAGAACAAGGGGGCCCUGGGGCCGUGACAGGCUCCUCCUUUCAGCCCUCUCCUACUAAGGAAACUGAGUUUUCAGACAGAAAUGCUGCUAAACCUCUGCACUGCUGUGUUUGGUGGCAUAGCCAUGUUUACUUCAUUUAUUCUGUGUUGAGCAUGAAAAGCUUAUAGUGAUCUCCAUUAUAAAUCUGUACUCCUUUUUAAAACCUUCUUGUAUAUUAAAAAAAAAAAGUAGCUGUAUGUUGAAAUAGAGGUGACAGCAGUUCUUUCCUAGUGCAAAGGAUGAAGGUGGAGCAGACCUCUUAGACCCUAGAGAAGUAGUACAGCAGAACAAACAUCACAGAAGGGUCCUUGUCAGCCCUGACCAUCCCAAGGGCACGCUCUUCAUUCUAACUUCAUAGACAGAUAUUCUCCAGCAAGGGUCAGGGAGCUGCCUCAGAGAGCACAUGCUUUGCAUGCAGGAGGCCUGGGUUUGUCCCUGACAUCCCAUGGACCCCUGAACAUUGCCAAGAGCAAUCCCUGCAGAGUGGGACAUAACUCCCAGGAACCCUCAGGCAUGGUCCCCAAACCACAACAAAUUCUUAAAAAUUUAAAAAGAAUGAAAAUGGGGCCAGAGAGAGAGAGCAGGCAAGGCUCUGGCAUUUUAUGUGGCCAGCCCUGGUUCUGUCCCCGGCACUGCAUACAAAUGGACCCCGGGGUGGUCCAGAAACCAAAGUGGGAGGAAAAUAUGUAGCUAUAGAGCCAGUAAAUCAGGCAAAUCUGAGGGACCAGGGAGUCUUCAGAGGUCUGGGCGUAUCACUGCAUGUGAGAACCCUAACUCUGGUCUCCCGCACCACCUAUGCGGGAGUAGCCCCUGAGCACCACAAUGGGUGCUCCCUCCCUCCCCACAAAUUAAAAAAAAAAAAAAAAACAGCAAAAAACAUACUGGGCAGAGUAGAAUAUGUUUACUUUUCUUGAAAAUGGGGCCAGAGAGAUAAUACUCAGCUAAGGCACUUGCCUUGCACUUAGCCAACUUGAGUUUGAUUGCUGGCAUCCCAUAUGGUCUCCCGAGCCCCGCCAGGAGUAAGCCUGAGCACUGCCGGGUGUGACCCCCCAAACCAAAAACAUCAUUUGAAAAGCUGUUUUAGAACUCUGCCUAGUGGGGAGGUGAGGUACUUGCCUUGCAUAAGGCCAACCCCGGUUCCAUCCCUGGCACCAAUGCCAGCACUGCAUAUGGUCCCACAAGCACUGCCUGGGGUCAUCCUUAGAGCAGGGUGAGGAAUAGUUCUGAGCACUACCAAGUGUGGCCCCCAAGCCUCCAGCCCUUCUCUAACACCCCCCCCCCCAAAAAAAAAAGGAAUUCUGCUUCCAAUUUCGCACCAAAACAUAAGACCAAAAUUACUUGGUAACAAAAUAACAAGCCUGGGAGUUGGAGACCUAGUACAGGGGGUAAGGCACUGGUCUGGCACAUGACUGACCCUGGUUUGAUCCUGGCACUGCUUGUAGUCUUCCAAGCACUUCCAGGAGGGAUCCCUGAGUCCAGAGCCAAGAGUAAGCCUGAGCACCGCCAUGUGCAGCCAGAAUAAAUAAUAAGUCUUGUUACCCAGGUGAAAGGUGCCAGGGGAAGCAGACGCCUCUGGGUGCACGGCUGGAGAGGUAUUCGGUGACCUGGCCGAGACACUGCAGUACUGGACUUUCAGGGUGUAGGCUGGUAGUUUACUUGGAGGGUUUAGUGUCAGACAGACAGUUUAUCACCCAGUUGGCCCAUCACUUCCAGUCAGGCCUCCCAACAGUGACUUUAUUUGGAGAAUCUCCUGGAAGUCAGUGUGAGAUUGUACUGGAAGUAACGAGAAGCCCGCUGCUCUGUGUGCUUUCAGCUCCCCAGACCCCGGCCCAAAUUAGGCAGUGAAGUACAUGAUGGUGAGAAGCAGGAUUUGACAGCCUUCUGAGGUGAUGGCAGCUAAGGGAAGAGGUACAUUACAUUUUGGAGGAUAACUCCAGCUGAAUUUUCUCUCCAGCCUAUUUCCUUUUCUACCUGCCCCAUUCUUGGUGUGACUCAAAUGGGUACUUUGAUGGUUAGCAGCCUCCAGUUAGUACCAGCUGGUUACAAAUGCCACAAAUGUUCUCAACUUGACAAAAACCAGCCUGAGGAAAGCUCUCCUUCUAAACAAAUAAUCCAUAGGGCUUGAUGGUAGCUCUCAAACUUAAAAUUAGAGUUUAGAAAAGCAGGCUUUGAUGAGUCAUACAUACACUAUUGGACAUAAUUCAGUGCAUCCUUUCUCAAUAGAGUAAAAGUUCACUUUUUGUUUUCUCAGUUUCCCCUGCAAUAGCCACCUUAUGACUUACCCACGAAUGUUGCAUCUUUGUCAUGUUAUAACCGUCUGGAUCUGCACACAAACUUGAAACAGUUUCUUCAUCUUGGGAAGAAACUGGGUAUUGAAAGAUUAAAUGGUUCAGGCAAAGGGUUUCUUGUUUUCAUUUUUCCAUUAAAAAUUUUUUUUUUCUCUUGGGGCCAGGAAUCCAAUCUAGGGCCUCAGACAUGCAAAAGGGAUUUUAAAUUACAGAUGUAUAUAUACUGAAGAAUUUAAGAGAUAGCAGAUUAUUGCUUGCUUAUUACAGAAUAGAGUCUGGAAUCCCAGAAUGUCAAGCCAAAGGUCUAAGAUGUCAUCAUCUUCGCCAAUGUUAAUAAAUAUUUUGAGGAGAUUUCUGCCCCAAAAAUAUUGGCCUCCAGGUUCUGGUGUUAUUUUGUUUUGUUUUGUUUUACUCUUUUUCUUUAAAAACAAAACAAAACAGUUUACCACUCAAACCUUGAGUCUCCCAUAUAGUAAAAAUAAAAUAAUAGAUAUAAUAGACUUUAUCUCUAUGGCUGGAAGAUAAUAAACUGCAGCUUUUUCAGUGAAGAUCACUCCCUAUUACCCAGAGCUAAGCAUUCUGGAGACUAAAGAUUGCACUUUCGUAGUAUUUUUGUCCAAAUGCAAUCCCAUUUCUGUGCCUCUUAGCAUGCAGUUAGAUUUGGACAAACAAGAUUCCUAAGGAAUGACUAUUAACUAUAAUAUGGUUACGGCUAUUACAAAUAUAAAUAUAUAUAUAUAUUCUGGCUAUAGUUCUAACACAGAGGUGUUGUGUGCGAUGCUGGCCUGUGACAGCCUGAGAAACUUCUUUGGAGGAGAGAGGCCAGGCAUGGAGCUGAGGUGUGGCUCAAUCAUCCCUGUAGCAAUUCUUCACUUUGAAAUGUCAAGGUCCCACUUCUGCCUUCCAGUGGUACCUGAACUAGACUCCAAACAGUGUUUCCUGGUCAUGUUGUUAAUCGAUAUUCUCUAUUUAGGAAUCAAUUUUACCAGUGGACACACAAAAAUUUGAACUCUGAAACCACACCGAGUACAGGGACAGGGCCCUUGAGGCUGUCCCACAUCCCAGCUUCCAUCUGGGGCCUACUUACUUGUCCAAUGGGUUAGGAUCCAGGCAUUUCUUUGAAAUCUCACACGUAGCAGUGAACUUUUCAGAAGUGUGUUUGCCAAUAGAGACCAUUUGUACUAAUGUGCCAACCAGUAGCUGUUGCUAGCACACCUGCCACUGUGUUCCCAUGGGUGCCAUGAAGUGUGUGAGGAGCCUCUUGUCCGGAGGAGCGUCGCUGCAUUGACUACUGCUAUCAGGAUUGUGGUGUGUAGAAAGUCAUCUACAUAAAUUUUAUAUGCACAGUAAUUUCCCUUUUAUAUGUCAGGUAAAUAUUUGUAAAAGUUAUACUCACACAAAUGAAAUUAUUAUAAUGAUUACUAAUAUAUUUUUUUCCAUGUUUCAUUGCCUGAAUAAAAACUGUUUAUCACUGUUAAA